AAAAUAAAUUUUUUUCUAUAAGAGUGGUAAAUUUUUUUGAGAAAGGAACACUGAAACAAAAAGAGAAUCCAUGGCCAUUGAAGGAGAAGCCUCGUUCUCCGCGGCCGCGACGCCGACAUCGAGCUACCCGACGGGAGGUGUUGGUGGCAAAUUGAAGCGGCAAUCCGCGAGGAGGCAUGCGACGACGCCGUAUUCUCGACCACCACAAAACCAGGUUCAAAGGAGGCCGUGGAUCUCGAGAAUCGUCGAUCCUGCUUAUCGGAUUAUCUCCGGCGGCGCCACGAGAAUACUUCCGUACUUCUUCUCGAAAGCCACCUCCGCUCCUGCUCUUACCGCUCCAGACGAUCAAGAUCAACAUCAACAACAAGAUAAGUUGCAGAACAAUACACAGGAGAAUGUUUCGAAUAUAACCACAAAUUUAAAUAAACUAGAGUCAGCAUCAAUUGAAGAGGGAGGUCCUAGUGGUACAGCUAACGAAGGCAAUUUCAAUAUCAGUGCACAAACAAGAGGGAAAACAGCUGUAAAUGAUGCCAUUGCAAUCUCGGAGCUUGAAAGGCUAAUGGAAGGAAAAACGUUUUCACAGGCUGAAACUGAUCGUCUCAUAGAGAUAAUCACUUCAAGGGCUAUUGAUCUACCUGAUGUUAAGAGAGACGAGAGAAAUUCGGAGAUUCCUUUAAGAGAGGGAGCCCAGAAAAAUAUGAGUUUCUUAGAUAAGAGAAAAGAGCCAAUUGGUGGCAAGGAUGUUAGUAGUGAAUUAUGGACUACACCUACCCCACUUGCCAAGUCAAUAAUUUUUGACAAAGACAAACAGAUGCGAGAUGAAGCUGGUCUUUCACCUGCAGAACUUGCUAAGGCAUACAUGGGAGGCCAGACAUCAUCAAGUAGCUCCCAAGGUUUGGUAGCAAGAAAUGAAAAGGAUAUUUUUGAUACGGGUAUGCUUGUCAGAAAAUCAUCACUUGCAUCACCAUCAAGCAAGCCUUCUGCUUGUUGGCCUGGUAUCAAGUCAACUGAGAAAUCUGGCUUUGCAACUCCUCAAAGCCAACGAGAAAGCUUUGGGCUUCAAAAUUUUCCAAGGACCCCAUAUUCUAGAACCAUCCUUUCAAAUUCAAAGUCAAAGUUGAUGCAAUUGCAGAACGAUAGUAGCAAGCGCCUAAACAACAUCCAGUCUCCCUCUCAAAGUGUGCAGACAAGAUAUGGCCAGCUUAGCAAGGGAAAAGAUGGUGGACUUUUUGGACCCAGUAGAAGAUCUCGACAGAGCGCCACACCAUCCAUGGUGUCUCCUUAUUCACGACCUUCCCGUGAUUCAUCUCGUUUUGAAAAUUCUCCGAUCAUAAAAAGAUCUGAAAUAGGGGAAAAGGAAGCAAGUUACCUAUCGAGGUCCCAGACAACAAGUUAUGGUAACCAUAAAGAGUCAGAAGUUGGUACCCCGAAUGUGCCUACACGUUCUAGUCAGAUUGCUAGGACAAUAUUGGAUCACCUUGAACGGACCCAAUCCACCCCGAAAAAUAAAUCUGCUGAGUUAAAGCUUGCCACUUCCUGGAGAUAUCCACAGUCUUCAAAAACCGUUGAACAAAGCAGCUCAAACGUCAACAAUGUGAAAAAGGAUGGGUCAGCUAAAGUGAAUGAAGAUAUGCAGAACAUUUUCUCUCACAAUCAGUCAUCCUUUGUGCUUAAACCUCCUGCAACUACAACUGCCGACACUCAAAAUGGAAUGACUAAGACCGCUCCAGCGUCAAAUGGAAUAUUCCGUGGAACUCAAGCAGUAGGUAGCAGUGGUACCGCAGUCCAAUAUGAGUUAGGGAAGCCUACGGGGUCUCUUUCCAGAAGCACACAUGGAGAGAAAAUUGAUGUCACUUCUUCUCAGGACGCUGCAAAGGCUGUUCCAUAUUCUUUUGGAGGCGAACCUGCAAAUCUCCCCAAACCACCGCUGGGAAAUAAUAAACCGGUACUUCCAUCGAUCUCAAUAACGAAGCCAUUCCAAAAAUGGGCAGUCCCUUCGGGUACAAACGCUGGCUUCACCUUCCCGGUCUCUUCAUCUGAUGGAGCAACAUCAUCAGAGCCCACAACUCCAUCGAUCAUGCCAUUCACAACAAGCCCAGCACCAAGUGGUGGUAUUGCCAUUACAAGUCAUCAUGAAGCAACAAAAGAUGAUGGCACUCCUCAAUUUAGUUUCAGUAGUAAAAGAAGAGAUAAGUCUCCCCUGGUCUUUACCUUUCCCUCGGUGAGCGAAGAGGUGAUCAACGAGGAUGAUGAUGCGAGGUUAGGUAUCAAAUUCACAUUUGGGUCUGAAAAGACGGAGAGAAUAUCGUUCAGCUCAGCAGAAAGUGAUGGUCUUUGCUGUUAGAAAAAACAAAGACGAUGGUCUCUGUUUCUUGUGUAUCUCUUCCAAUUUUUUAGUUUUACCUUUUUAAAAAAAUUUGGGAUUAGAAUUUUGUGCCUAGAUCAUGUGUUUUGAUUUUCUAUUCAUUUUGAGAUGAUUGAUUACUUUUGUAUCUGAUUAAAUCAGAAUAGUUUUUUUCUUACGAGAGACA